AUGUUUCAGCUGCUGAACCACAGUUGGGCGGGCAUCUACGAUCAUGACACCUCAACGAGCCUGAAGAGCAUCCCCAAGGGCACCAUGCCCAACGUGCCAUGGGAUACCCACACAGCGAACCACGGCAACACGUUCCUGCCCGACGCCUCCUUCUACCUAAAGACCAGCAACCCGCUCGUGCUCAAGGGCAACGCCGCUACGGGUCACGUCGUCGACGCCAGGUCCACCUCAGGGUGCUCUGACAACUUCGUGGGCUUCGGAUGCCGCUAA